AUGACAGAACCAAUUCAAUUCUCCAUGGCCUUGCCAAACGCACCCGGGAGCCGCAUCCACACGCACUUGACCAUUCUCGCAACGUCCAUCCUCCUCUUCUGCACCAGCACCACGGCCGAGUUCUCGUCUGCUCCCGUGCCUUCGCUCGGCAGUUUCGUCUAUGCCAUGCCCGACCGCUACAACCCCUCGGCACCGCUCAGCACUCCUCUGUACACACUCCCAUCAAGUCUAGACUUUGCCGAUCGACUGGCCAAAACGUUGGCGAGACGCACGAAUCUGCCGGUGCAGGUCGGCAGCUCGGUCAACUUCUCGUCGGCUGGAAACGGUGGCAGUGUCGAAGAGGAGAUGGAGGCUUUCAGACAGCUGGUCACUGUUGUGCUGAGAGAGGUUGAAAAGGCAAGAGCUGGUUGA